UCAUACAGAGGUUUCCCCCCCUGCUGCUGCUGCGUAACAUCUCUCCAAGUCCAGCCGUGGUGCUCACCAAGACCUCACCGCUUGGAUCUCAUCUUCCUACGCGGAAUACGCACGAAUCACACUGAGCGAGCCGCCGAGGCGAAAUUAAAAACGCCAACAUUUACCUCCUCGGGUUCAGUCCAGACCGAAACGAGGCUGGGAUUUCCUCUUAUCAUUUCAUAUCUGACAGAUCUUUUUGUGUGUGCGCGCGCGUGUGUGUGUGUUGGGUGGAGUCAACCCGGAAUUCUCCAAAUUGGAAAACCACUGGCAGAUUUCAGGAACACCAUGAAGGACAGCAUCGCCAACAACAGCACGGCCAGUAUCUCCCAAGCCAGGAAAGCUGUGGAGCAGCUGAAGAUGGAGGCCUGUAUGGAUAGGAUAAAGGUAUCUAAAGCCGCCGCAGACCUGAUGGCAUACUGCGAGGCACACAUACGUGAGGACCCCCUCAUUGUGCCCGUCCCCGCCUCUGAGAACCCCUUCCGAGAGAAGAAGUUCUUCUGCACCAUCCUCUGAUGACCUGCUGGUAGAGCUGUACAGGUGCAGGCAUGGCGUUGCCUGGCUUCUCUGUCUUCACCACACCUGAAGCUACUGGCCAUAGGCAUUGAGUUGAGUUUUGCCAGGUGAACACUCUGUUGUUGGUCAGCUCUGCCCUGGUGGCUGAAGGGUUUGGGGGAGUCGGCUACCAAACUGGCAACCCAGUGAGCGUAUAA